AUGGAUCUUUCGUACCGAAUGAAAUCACAUUGGAAUAAGCAUGGAGAGAAACAAGAAAGUGGUGAGAAGCUUGAUAAUGAAGCCACUAAGGACGAGACAUAUAACUUAUUCCAAGCUGCCUACUUUAUAGAUGAAGAACUUGUUCAGCCUAUACCUAUUAAUGAACCUUCUGAACAUGGACAUGGUGACGAGUUCAUAAGGAGACUAGAAGAAGCACAAACUCCUUUGUAUCCAGGCUGCGAAAGUUACACAAAGUUGUCAGCCAUUGUAGAUUUGUAUGGACUCAAAGGCAAGAGUGGAUUAUCAAGUAAACAUUUCAAUGAGUUGUUAGGUAUCAUUAAACGUAUGUUGCCAAAGGACAAUGUUUUGCUAGAUUCAGCCGCCUCGAUUAAAAGCUUCCUCAAGAUAUUUGACAUGGGGUAUGAAAAGAUUCACGCUUGUGUGAAUGAUUGCUGUCUCUUUAGAAAGAAGUAUGAGGAACUGGACAACUGUCCAACAUGUGGUGCUUCAAGAUGGAAGAUAAAUAAGCGUAGUAAAGAAAUCAGAAAAGGCGUUCCAGUUAAGGUUUUGAGAUAUUUUCCUAUUAUUCCUAGAUUUAAAAGGAUGUUCAGGUCUUCACAAAUGGCUAAAGAUUUGAGAUGGCAUUUUGAUAACAAAAGCACAUACGGGAAAAUGCGUCACCCUGUUGAUUCUUUAGCUUGGGACCUGGUUAAUGAUAAAUGGCCCUCAUUUGCAGCUGAUCCACGCAAUCUCAGACUUGGACUUUCUACUGAUGGUUUCAACUCGUUCUCCAUCUUAAGCUCUAAAUAUAGUUGUUGGCCGGUAAUGCUUGUGAAUUAUAAUUUGCCUCCUAUGUUGUGCAUGAAGAAAGAUAAUAUUAUGCUAACAUUGCUGAUUCCUGGUCCAAAGCAACCGGGAAACGACAUAGAUAUCUAUUUGCAACCACUUGUAGAUGAUUUGCAAUUGUUGUGGGAGAAUGGGGUUGAGGCUUAUGAUGCAUUUAGCAAAUCAACUUUCAAUUUGAAGACAAUGUUGAUGUGGACUAUAAAUGACUUUCCAACAUAUGGAAAUCUUGCUGGCUGUUCUACAAAAGGAAGAAAAGCAUGCCCUAUAUGUGGGAAAAAUACACAUCAUAGAUGGUUACGCUUCAGCAAGAAGUUUUCAUACAUGGGUCACAGGAAAUUUCUGAAACCCUCACAUCCAUACCGAAGAAAGAAAUCAUGGUUUGAUAAUAGUGUAGAACAUGGCAGCAAGCCCAGAGCCUUAACAGGUCAUAAUAUUUCUGCUGUUCUAAAUGAUUUUCCAAAUGAUUUUGGAAAAGGUGGAGACAAAAAAAGAAAAAGGAAUAAUAAUGAGAAUGAUGGUGAUGAUGAUGAGGAUGAGGAUGACACAAGUGACAUUGAUAAUCAGAAUGAGCUUACUAGGUGGAAUCACAAGUGA